AUGACAACAACUGAUGAUCAUCAUCCUGUACAAGAAGAAUCGACCACCACAUCAGCAGAAGUGAUCAAUAAUAAUUUAGGAUCAUCACCAUCGGAACAAUUAAAUAAUACACCAUCCAAUAUACCAUCAUCACAAAUAUCACCAGUUAAAUAUACAACAGAAUUAUUUUGUACACAAUAUACGGAAUUACUUAGUAAAUCAACAAAUCAAAAGGAAAUUGAACAAGAAGAACAAUUUAAACAAAUUGAAAAUUUAAUUGAAGUGUUAUUGAAAAGAUGUGAUGAGCUUGGUGAAAAUUUAGAUUUAAUUCAAACAAAUUCGGUUCAAAUCAAUGAUGAAUUAUUACCAAAUUUAUUGAAAAUGAUGGUACACGUCAAACAAAUAUAUUCUAAAAUUGAUAAUUUAAAUUCUGUAGUUUCUAAUGCUAAAGAGAAGGUCAAUUCGUUAGACUUGAAAUUAAGUGAAUUUGAAAAACAAAAAUCAUCAGAAAAGUAUGCCAAGUUUGUCCCAAGUUUUUUCAAAUUUGGUAAAUCAAAUGAUAAUACUUCUGCUACUGAAAAUGUCAUUCAAUUCAAUAAAGAUGAUUAUUUAUUGUAA